CAAGAAUGGACGCGAAACAAAGAAGGAAAGCGCUCCGGCCCGCGCGCCGCCCGCGCCAGGCGCGUCAUCCUCCAAACAACACUCGCACGUCGCGUCUGUGGCGACAGAACUUCACUGUUCCGCGUCUACAUUCGUUUGACCAACUUGUCGGCGCAUCCUGUGAUGCCUAUCGCAGCACCGCCCCGACGAUGACAGCACACCCGUCCAUCAGCGACCAUGGAUAGAAAGGACGUCUUCCGCAUUCGUCUGAAUUGCGUAGACCACGCCCAAUAUGCUCCAAACACCAUGGAUACGCCCAUCUGGGGCCCACGUUCCCUGUCUGCAACACAACGCGUACAGCUGCCCGAUGUACCAGUCAUCCGAGUCUGGGGCUCGACAGAGACGGGUCAAAAGGCUUGCGUUCAUAUCCAUGGAGCCUUUCCUUACCUCUACGUACCAUACACAGAGUCACUCGAGGACAGCCAUGUCAGUCAGUACAUGUCUACGUUGCGUCAUUCCAUAGACCACGCAAUGUGUCUGUCGUAUCGUCGAAAUCCGUAUGACAACCCACGAAAUGCUACGUUUGUGGCCCACAUCAGCUUGGUCAAAGGAGUGCCAUUCUUCGGAUACAACGUUGGGUACAAGUACUACCUCAAGAUCUAUCUCCUCAACCCUCUGCACAUGACUCGAUUCGCAGAUCUGCUGCAGCAAGGUGCCAUCUUGAGACAACAUUUCCAACCUCAUGAAGCGCAUUUGCAAUAUCUUCUGCAGUGGAUGUGCGACUUCAACUUGUACGGGUGCGCGUACAUCGAAAUUGCCAAAGCGAAGUUCCGAUCUCCGGUGCCAGUGUGGGAGGAGCUUGACGACCUGGCACAUCUCUGGCAUGACCGAUCGAUCGAUGCGAACGAUAUCCUGGAUGCAGAGCGGUUCCCGCGACAAAGUCACUGUCAAUUGGAGCUUGACAUACGAGUAGAAGACAUACUCAAUCGGCACUCUAUUGAGCCAAGGCCGCUUCAUCAUUCUUUCAUCGAACGACUCGCUUCUCUGGAGAACUUGCCGCCAGAGGAAAAGCUGGUGCACUCUAUGGCAGGACUCUGGAAGGACGAGACCCGAAGGAGGAAGCUGCGCAUGGGCAUGACUGAUCCAACUUCGUCUCCAUUUCCGCCAGAAGUACUCGUCAGCAUGUCUGCAGAUCCGCGGAACGACAGUAAAGGUGGAUGGAUUCAUGAGGAAGAAUUCCGUCAAGCCAUCAACGAGCUUGCUGAGCAGGAGAAGAGGCAGCGAGGUGGUGCGCCACUAUCGUUCGAGACGUUCGGAAACCAGAACAAGGACCACGACGACAGCGUGCCAACAGUAUUGGACAGUGUCUCGGAAUUGUUUCAUAGCACACUGGAACAAAAAUGGGCCACUCUCGCACGCGAAGCAAAGUCACGUCAACAAGAGCCAUACGAGAUGAGCUUUCACGAAUUUGUGAGCACGCAGCGUCCAGCCGAACAGGCUCCAUUGAUUGACGAGAACAGCAUCGCACAAGUGGCUGAUGACGAGGGAUACUUGAGCGAUGAGGAAGAGGCAAAGCUACUCGCGCUGACACAAAAGCAAAAGCUGAAAGACGCGAGUCUGGCAACUAUGGGCGAGUCCAAGGUGGAUGACGAGUCUCCUCAGCUCGAGGCGAAUGCGGAGCGCCUGGAAGGGGCGACGGUGCCGCGGAGUACAGUUGACGACACGUGCGAGUCUUUGCUGAAGCGUCCUGCACCGGCGAGCAGCCAGCUACCCUUCAAGAAAGCGAGGCUCGAUUCACAACAUACGUCUCCACGUGCGGAGCGGCGACACUUCCGCAUCAAGGAUGUCAAACCUACGACGUACAUUGAUGGAGCUUCCUCCAGGCCCGGCGGCGAUGGGUUCGAUGCACCACCCGCUGCUCAGGUACAGAAAGCUGUCGCAAAUGCAGUGGAUGAUGGCGCUGGACUGGCUCCUGCUACACAGCCUCCAUUGUCACAGCGAUCUUUCCAGUCUUCGCAAGGAGAUAAGAUCUCCUUUCCGACUGCAAAGCAUCCGCAUGAUCCGGCAACUGCGCAACGUCUGAGCCAACGUGACGACCUGGCUCAUUUGCCGCACCGAGCUUCACGUGCGAGCCAGAAGGAAGCACUGAUAUCGUCGGUCCAUUCCGGGGCAUCGAGGUCCAUGACUUCCAUGGCGUCGCCAAGGAAGGCAAUCGCCACGAUAUCCGCCAACGCAGCCCAUGCUUACGCCAGAGCUUUCGAAGUCACUGCUGGGUGUCAUGCUCGAGUGUUUGCGGCUCUGCCUCCUACUCACGAGGAAGUUGUGGCAACCAUCGAGCCAUCUGUGAUAUAUCAGGAUGCUUAUUACAGCAACGAAAAGGAUGUCCCUGAGCGCGUCCGAGAAUAUGCUGGUCAGGAAUUUCGACUAAAAAGCACGACAUUGCCAUAUCUCCCAUCGUUUGACAAGCACGGCUCGAUCGGGCAACCUGAGCGGUUGAGCAAGGUUGAUGCCGAAUUCUCGCUGAAUCGUCGAAUGUGGCAAUGCUCUCACAAGGUUUGGGAGAUCAUGAAACCUGCGCCAUCUUGUGCAGAGGUCGAGGUAUGGCUCCGGACGGAGUCGCCUCCAGAGCCUGACGAUCUUCAAGUCCUCGACUUCGAUGGUCCUCCUGUAGCUUCACAGCUGAAGCGCAAGAAUCGGGCGCCCCGCGAGCUCUCACAAAUUGAAGGACCAACCCAGCGAAACAGGCACGGCUUCAAGUACUCGCAGAAAAAGGCGAGCACUAGUGUGCAGCAUGAAACUGGCUACAUGAGUAUUAUGAGCCUGGAAGUGCACGUCAAUAAUCGAGGCGAUCUCGCGCCAGACCCGGAAAUAGACGAAGUCAACAUGAUUGUCUGGUGCAUCGCUGACGAGCAGAUGGACGAUGAAACCAAACUCGGCAUUCUGGUCCUUGAACAGGACAACGACGAUUUGCCUGGAAAGAUUCGCAAGGCAUUGGGCAACGACGUCCAAAUUGACAGCGAGGACAAUGAACUUGACCUGAUCAACAGAAUGGUUGACAUUGUUCGCGAGUACGACAUUGACAUUUUGACUGGAUAUGAAGUCCACAACAACAGCUGGGGUUACCUGAUUGAGCGUGCUCGACUGCAGUACGAGUUCAAUCUGCCCGAUGAGUUCUCACGCAUGAAGUCACAUUCCAAGGGACGAUUUGGCAAGGACGCUGACAGAUGGGGCUUCACCCAUACAUCGACAGUAAGCAUCACAGGCAGACACACGAUCAACAUCUGGCGUGCCAUGCGGUCUGAGCUGAACCUGUUGCAAUACACUAUGGAGAACGUUGUCUUCCAUCUUCUCCACAGACGCAUACCUCAUUACUCGUAUUCAACGUUGACUCGUUGGUACAAGAGCGACAAGCCAAGAGACUUCGCCAAGGUUCUUGAUCAUCUUAUCACCCGAACCAGGCUGGAUCUGGAGAUAUUGGAUGCGAACGAGCUUAUUCCGCGGACGUCUGAGCAAGCACGAUUAUUGGGCGUGGAUUUCUUCUCUGUGUUCAGCCGUGGCUCACAAUUCAAGGUCGAAUCGCUGAUGUUCCGAAUUGCGAAGCCAGAGUCGUUCGUCCUGGUCUCACCAAGCAGAAAACAGGUCGGUGCUCAGAAUGCGCUUGAGUGUCUACCGCUGGUCAUGGAGCCCCAGUCGGCAUUCUACAACAGCCCUCUUCUUGUGCUAGACUUUCAAAGUCUGUAUCCGAGCGUCAUGAUAGCGUAUAACUACUGCUAUUCGACUUGUCUCGGCCGCAUCACCAAUUGGCGUGGAACCAACAAGAUGGGGUUCGCGGAUUUCAAGCGCCAUCCAGGCCUUCUCGAGUUGACCAAGGACAAGCUGAACAUUGCGCCUAAUGGCAUGAUGUACGUCAAGCCCGAGAUGCGCAAGUCGCUACUCGCAAAGAUGUUGGGCGAAAUUUUGGAGACCAGGGUCAUGGUCAAGAGUGGCAUGAAAGUCGACAAGGACGACAAGACACUGCAGCAGCUCCUUAACAACAGACAACUUGCACUCAAGCUGAUUGCGAACGUCACUUAUGGCUACACUUCGGCCAGCUUUUCGGGUCGUAUGCCAUGCUCUGAGAUUGCCGACAGCAUCGUGCAGACAGGACGCGAAACACUCGAGAAAGCCAUUGCUCUGAUCCAUUCCGUGGAACGCUGGGGAGCGGAAGUAGUAUAUGGCGACACGGACUCCCUAUUCGUCUACCUCAAAGGCCGCACCAAAGACGACGCUUUCCGCAUCGGCGACGAAAUCGCAAAAGCAGUAACCGACAUGAACCCAAGACCCGUCAAGCUCAAAUUCGAAAAAGUCUACCACCCAUGCGUCCUCCUCGCAAAGAAACGCUACGUCGGAUUCAAAUACGAAAGCCCCUCGCAAAAAGAACCCGACUUUGACGCAAAAGGCAUCGAAACUGUUCGCCGCGAUGGCACACCCGCCGAACAAAAAAUCGAAGAAAAAGCCCUGAAACUCCUCUUCCGCACAUCAGAUCUCAGCCAAGUCAAAUCCUAUUUCCAAGCGCAAUGCACCAAAAUCCUAACUGGUCGCUUCUCAGUACAAGAUUUCUGUUUCGCGAAAGAAGUCAAAUUGGGGACAUACGCGGACAAAGGCCCUCCUCCGCCGGGUGCUCUGAUUGCUACUCGCAGGAUGCUCAAAGACCCUCGGCAAGAACCUCAAUACGGUGAACGAGUCCCUUACGUUGUCAUUGCUGGGGCUCCAGGGGCUCGACUCUGGGAACGAUGCGUAGAACCCGAACAGCUCAUCCGCGAUGAGAACGCCGAACUCGAUGCAGAAUACUACAUCAACAAAAACCUCAUACCACCGCUUGAACGGAUUUUCAAUCUCGUUGGCGCUAAUGUCCGGAGCUGGUGGGAUGAAGUACCGAAAGUGCAACGAAUUCGACAACUUGGUGGUGUUGUGGAACCUUUGGAAGGAGGAGCAGCGAAAGAUAUGACGAAGAAUGCUCGAAAAACGAUGGAAUCGUAUAUGGGUUCUUCGUUGUGUCUGAUUUGUCGGACGAAACUUUCUCCGCCUGGUCAGAAUCAAUUUGAGCAUGAAGAAGAGAUUCAACUUCCGCUUUGCGACAAUUGCAGACAUGUUCAGACUUCUACGACGUUACUUGUGUUGAGGAGAAAAUUACAAGCUACGGAGAUGAAGGCGAAGGCUAUGCAUGAUGUUUGUAGGAGUUGUGCGGGGUUGGCGUUUGAUGAGGAGGUGAAGUGUGAUAGUCGGGAUUGUCCGGUGUUUUAUUCGAGAGUGAAAGCGGAUACGCAGUUGAGGGUUGCAAGGAGAGGGGUGGGGAGUGUGCUGGAGGCGUUGGAGGAAGAAGUUGUCGAGCAGGAGACGGCGGAGGAUUUGGAGUGGUAG